AUGGCCCCGCUGGGGGCCCAGGGGGAGGCCGGGGGCGGGGGCUGUAGGAGGGCGCCGAGAGGGCUGGGGGCGGGGCGCGCUGGCGCUGAGUACGAACCCGGCCGGGACGCCGCCGAUGGGGGACCCGGAGGCACUGACUUUUGCGCUGUUUGCCCUCGGCCGCGGAGCGAGCAGACGCCAUCUGUUUGCCGGCUGCGGCGCGUCCCGUUUAAUUACCCUCCCGGCAGCCUAAUAGAGAUGAUAUUAAACUAA